AUGCCUCUUGGGCGCAGAAGUGCCGCGCUCGCUGACAUGACCCAAAACAUCACUGGGGAGAUCAAGAACCCUCUGGGAGGUAUCUCGCAAGAGCUCCUCAUGGGAAAUGUGGAGGCUUUUGCCCACCAGCAUAAACUCGUGGAUAUCCUCCCGCUUCUCAGGAAGGGAGCUUUAGUUGCCCACAGCCCUGCCAACCUUGACUCCAUUACAGAGUUGGAUGAUGCGGAUCGGCUGAUUAUCCGUGAGGAGACAACCCGUCGCUGGAACCACCCUUGGGCACUUUACUACACCAUCAUCCUGAACUCCAUUGCCGCCGCCAUCCAAGGCUGGGAUCAGACAGGCUCCAACGGGGCCAAUCUAACAUUCGAUGUUCAAUUUGGUAUUCCUAACAACAAGCCUCUGUGUCCCGACGAUGCUACCUGCGCCCGCAACCAGUGGAUCGUAGGGUUUGUGAAUUCAGUGCCUUACAUUACUAUCUGUCUAUUCGCUGGUUGGCUGUCGGAUCCCAUUAACAACAUGAUCGGUCGAAAGGGGACAAUCCUGGUGGCAACCGUUUUUAGUCUGCUUGCUCCAAUUGGUUCUGCUUUCACUCAAACUUGGGGUCAACUGGUUGCAUGCCGAGUGCUGCUGGGUAUUGGAAUGGGCCUCAAAGAAGUCACGGUUCCCGUGUACUCAGCUGAAAAUGCUCCUACAAAUAUUCGUGGUGGUCUGGUCAUGUCCUGGCAAGUGUGGACUGCAUUUGGCAUCUUUUUGGGUACCUGUGCAAACUUGGCUGUGGCCAAUACUGGGGCCAUCGCAUGGCGCCUUCAACUGGGCUCUGCCUUUAUCCCCGCGGUGCCCCUGCUUGUCGGUGUUUGGUUCUGUCCUGAAUCACCUCGAUGGUUGAUUAUCAAGGGCAAUUAUCGCAAAGCAUACCAGUCUCUGCUCCGCCUCCGAAACAGCCCUUUGCAGGCUGCUCGAGACCUGUACUUGAUCCACUUUCUACUCCAGACGGAGAAGAAGAUGCUGGCAGAUUCGGGAUUUGCCGAGACCGAUAACAUGUUUGUCCGAUUCUUUGAGCUCUUCCGGGUGCCUCGUUUGCGCCGCGCAGUUCAGGCAUCAGGCAUUGUUAUGAUUGCGCAGCAGAUGUGUGGCAUCAACAUCAUUGCCUUCUAUUCGUCCACUAUCUUCUCGUUGGCUGGUGCGAGUAACAUUGGGGCUCUGAUGGCAUCUUUCGGAUUCGGCCUUAUCAAUUUCCUCUUUGCAUGGCCCGCGGUGUGGACAAUCGAUACCUUCGGUCGACGAGGUCUUCUGCUCUUUACUUUCCCGAACAUGUGCUGGACUCUUCUUGCGGCCGGAUUUUGCUUCUGGAUUCCAACAAGCAAUAAUGCCCAUAUCGGCCUGAUUGCAUUCUUUAUCUACCUCUUUGACGCUUUCUACUCACCCGGAGAAGGGCCGGUGCCAUUCGCAUACUCCGCCGAAGUCUUUCCUCUCUCACACCGUGAGGUAGGUAUGGCCUGGGCCGUUGCUACCAACAAUUUCUGGGCUUCCGUUCUGUCCUUCACCUUUCCAUACAUGCUGCGGGCCUUCACUCCGCAGGGUGCCUUUGCAUUCUACGCCGGUCUCAACAUCAUUGCACUGCUCCUGAUCUUCUUCUUUCUUCCAGAAACAAAGCAACGGUCUCUCGAAGAGCUCGACUACGUGUUCGGAGUGCCGACCCGCACCCAUGCCAAAUACCAGCUGACCCAGGUGCUGCCAUGGUGGAUCAAGCGCUACAUCUUGAUGCGCAAAGGUGCCGUGUGCCCUGAGCUCUAUCACCUUGCGGAGACUGAUUUAAAUGUGUCUCCCCUCAAGCCUAAGGCUACUGGUACACAGGAGCCUCAGCUAGCCACGGAGGUUAUGGAAUUCAUGGAGAUCAUUGGCGAUAAAGACGAGCGGGAGAACGUCUAA